CGAAUCAAUCACCAUGUGCAUCUUUGUCUGACGCCUCAUAACUGUGCAUAAUGACAGCCAGAUGACUGGGAGUGGAGAAGUCUACGAUGUUGAUCAUUUUAACAAAAGAUGAUCUUCAGCCUCAUAAUGGAUUCCUUGACUGUCAUUGUCACAACUUUGUUCCUCAUGUUGACAUGCCAAUGAAAGUCUCCAAAGGCAAUUGAGAGCCUAGAAUCAAGGCUAGAUACUGAAAGCUUUCUUAUGUCUGCACUAAGGAAGCGAUUGAAUUCAAGACACAGACAACAAGCCGACUGUCCAACUCAAAUCAAAGCAACAGUGUACACACACCAUGGCUGAAGACAAGGAUGGUGCAGAGGCUGCAGUGUCCGAGGUGCAUAAAAAAAUCAGUGCCGCCUUUAACCUAUUUGAUGAUGAGUCCAAUACGACAGUGGAUGUCAGAGAGGUUGGUACCAUCAUAAGAUCACUAGGCUGCUUUCCUACUGAAGCAGAACUGCAUGAGAUCCUCACAGAGAUCGAGGAUGAGGAGCUGACAGGCUUAGUACGCCUUGAGAAAUUCCUCCCAGUCAUGACGAAGGUGCUGAUGGAGCGCAAGUUCCGUCCCGUCCCAGAGGAGCUUCUCCUCCAGGCCUUUGAGGUCCUGGAUCAGGAGAAAAAAGGUUACUUGGAGCCAGAAGAGCUUAAAAGAUUCAUGACGCAGGAAGUUCCAUUGCAUUUACUCAACAUUAACAAUUUGUGUGAGACUGGAGAGCCCUUUUCCAACGACGAGAUGGAGGAAAUGCUGUCGGCUGCAGUGGACCCCGACAAGAACGUCAUCUUCUACAAGGACUUUGUGGGCAUGAUGACCGUCAGAGACCCAUGAUGAUUGCUGUCAUGCCCCCACCCCCAUGAAAACAAAGGAGGGGAAAAGACACAAAAUGGCUGACAAAAUGUUUCCCCCUGACACAGUGCACAUUGGUUUUCACACAUAUACCCCCUAGACCAAUGGGAUUGCUCAUGACCUUUUGUGUGACGCACAUAUAGAGGUUUCAUAAGUAUUGCCUUUAUGCAAUACUGAUGCUCCCACAAGGGAUUUUAUCACAAGAGAGCAUUUCAAUGGGAGCAGGCCUUUGUCAGCUGAGUGGCACUUGGACUGAAACGUGUCAUAAUAAAAGUUUGCUCCUGAGGGCAUUUACAGAGUACCUAUACAUUUUUAUUUGCUCAUCUAAGAGAGCAAGCUCAACUAACCAGAGUAAUGUACAUAUGUUUAGACACUAAUGACAUUAAAAAAAAAAUGA